AGUUAGCCACCCACCACCAUUGGCUCUGCUGCCCCCGCUGUCACUUGGACAAACCUCACACACACACAAGUCGCCCGUAGACCCAGUCACACGCACACACGCGCACGCACGCACGAACACACACAUACAAGUCGCCCGUAGACCCAGUUACACGCGCACACGCGCACGCACGCACGAACACACACACGCGCGCGUCUCAUUCCUUAGCUGACACACCUGUCUCUCUUUGCUAGAGGCGAAAGUGCACGGAUAAACUCACUUCUUCGACUCGCGAAUGAAUUGCAGCUCAUAAGGGAAGACGCCUGGACUGAAUAUUUGUCUCCGCUCUGCUCACUGACAUUCCCCCUAUUGACCACCCGCUCAGGUCAGGCGUUAAUCUCCCGCUCGGACCUUCAUCCGCGGCGUUGGUGGCGGCGGCGUCACGCGCGCGGUGGGUGGACAAGGGGACGACGCGGGCCCGCGAGGAGGAAGGACGACGCCGCCCUGGGCGGGAGGGCGCGGGGCUACGGAGCUCGCGGGGACCGGCGGCCAUGGCACUGCCCUGGGCCCGGGUGCUGUGCUGCGUGGGACUCUCGCUGCUGGCGUGCGUGUCGGCUCAGGAAGUGUGCCGCUCCGUGCAAGUGGCUGACGUUGCCUUCCUCGUCGACGGCUCCUGGAGCAUCGGGCGGUCCAACUUCGAGGAGGUGAAGACCUUCAUCGAGGGGAUUGUGGGUGCCUUCACUGGGUCCGCGCUGGGCACGGCGGGUAUACGAGUGGCGGUGGCGCAGUUCAGCGAUGACCCGCGGAUGGAGUUCAGGCUGAUGGACUUCACGACAUCUUGGGAGGAGGUCAAGUCGGCUGUGCGAGCUCUCCCCUACAAGGGGGGCAACACUCGCACGGGAGAGGGCCUCAAGUUUGUGGCCGACACGAUCUUCGCUCCGUCCACGUUGCGUGCCGACGUGCCAAAGGUGGUGAUCGUUAUAACGGACGGGAAGUCCCAAGACUCCGUUGAGAAUCCCUCAAAUCGUCUCAAGAGUCGUGGGGUCACGGUCUACGCCAUUGGCAUCAAAAACGCGGACAAGGGGGAGCUGGACAUAAUAUCGUCACAGCCAAGCGAGCAACACUCGUUGUACAUCGACGAAUUCAAGCUGUUGAGGAGCGUCCUACCCAGGAUCACACGGAGAGUCUGCCACGUGUUGGCAGGGCUGUCGUUUCAGCCCGAACUCCUGCCCACAUGCCGCGCUCGGCGUGCAGGACCUCGUGGCUCUGCCCAGGGGGCCCAGCGCCCUGCACGUUUCUUGGACGGAGCCCGCCCCGGGCGACGUCGUGAUUGGCUACCGCGUGCUGUACGCGCUGCUCGACGCGGCCGGGCAGCCAAUCGCCGGCGAGCAGGGAGAGGUGGCGGUCCGUGGCGGACAGACGACCGUGUCGUUAUCUGACCUCCGAACUUCGAGCGAUUACUCCGUUACCGUGGUGACGCAAUACGAGGGUCACCAAGGGCAACCGAUCACGGCGACCGCG